AUGGUUCCCAUUGUCCUCGGAGCCUACAAGGAAGACUACGAUGAUGCUCUUCCACCUCACUCCUACAUCAACGUGGAUGACUUCAAGUCCAUUCGCAAUUUGACAAACUAUCUGCUCUACCUGGACAAAAAUGAUACCGCCUAUGCCGAGUACUUUGCCUGGAAGGAACAUGGCAAAAUCUUUCAAACACACAAGUAUGCAUGUAUUCUUAUUUUAAAUAUCGACAUGUUUAACACGUACAUGGCGGCUUCACUUGUACCCUACAUGUAUCCCCACUUCGUCCGCAACACAAAACCCAAAUUGAAAUUCACUGACGAAGAGAAAUCGGCGAUGUUGGCAAAAGACAACACUUACCUGCUGCCUCACUAUCACAAGCAGAGAACAAAAUUAAUUGCCUGGGUGGUCUCCAAUCAUUCGCCACGAAACAACAGAAAGGAGUACGCAAAGGCGAUUGCGAAAUUCAUUCCGGUAAGCUGCAUUAUCCAUGUGGACAUAUACGGACGGCAAGGCAAGCAGUUUCCACCUGGUCGUGAUUUAUUUCAAUGGCUUUCCGAAAACUACAAGUUCUACUUGGCCUUCGAGAAUUCCAAUUGUAAAUAUUACAUAACGGAGAAAGCUACAGUAAAUGCUCUCAAGUGCGUCGCCCUGCAUAACUGUGUAAUUAGUCAAGCGAGGCUAUGCGAAAGUACCAAAUUGGACAGUCAGCUAUAUUUUACAAAUUAA